AUGCCUCCCACACGGGACCCUUUCCAGCACCCUACGUUAGAUAACGAUGAUUCCUACUUAGGAAAACUGCGGGCUUCCAAGAAAUUGCCAUAUAAGAACCCAAAUCACCUUGCUCAGCAACAGGAACCUUGGAAUCGGCUCAGCUCAACAGCCACAAUCACUUCCAUGAGGCGAGAUGCCAAUUUUUUUGAUCCCGAGGUACCGAAGGAUGACCUGGAUUUUCGCUUAGCAGUUUUGUACAACCACCACACUGGGGCAUUCAAGAACAAAUGUGAAAUACUGUUACACCAGGAGACGAUCCAGGAUACCCAUGGAAUCAAGAUCCAAUUCCCUGGAGAAUUUUUACCACCUACUCCUCCAUUCCCCAUCACUUCCCAGGCUAAAAUCAGAUACUGGAUCAACCCUAAGAAGGAGUCCAUCCACAGCAUCCAGGGAUCCAUAGUGUCCCCUCACACUGCAGCCACCAAUGGAGGCUACUCCCGAAAGAAGGAUGGUGGCUUCUUCUCCACCUAG